CUUCUCUCUUGUACCAAUAAAGUCACUGUAACUCAGUCAAGCGUCACAGUCACUCUCUCUCUGUCUCUCUCUCUCUCUCUGUCUCCUCCUUCCACCUCCUUCCACCUCCAUGAAGGAGAGGACUCUUGGGUUUCCUUUCUCUUCUUCUCUCAAAAUUUGAAACUUCCAAAACCCAAAAAAAACAAAAACAAAAACAAAAACCUCUCUCAUUUUGUUAAAAACUCCUACAUUUUUUAUUUUCAAACAUCCUUAAUCUCUGUCUUUGCUCAUGGCCAAACCUAGACCUGGGAAAAAGGACUUGGAUGCCUACACCAUCAGAGGCACUACCAAGGUUGUUAGAGCUGGGGAUUGUGUGCUCAUGCGACCAUCGGACACAGGUAAGCCUCCAUACGUGGCACGCAUCGAGAAGAUCGAGUCAGACAAUAGGAACAACAUCAAAGUUCGAGUGAGGUGGUACUAUAGACCUGAGGAAUCGAUCGGAGGGAGGAGACAGUUCCAUGGAGCUAAAGAGCUGUUCCUUUCUGACCACUUUGAUGUUCAGAGUGCUCACACUAUAGAAGGGAAGUGCACGGUUCACACUUUCAAGAACUAUACUAAGCUUGAGAAUGUUGGGGCUGAGGAUUACUAUUGUAGAUUCGAGUAUAAGGCUGCUACUGGGGGGUUUACACCAGACCGUGUGGCUGUGUACUGCAAAUGUGAGAUGCCUUACAACCCGGACGACCUCAUGGUGCAGUGUGAGGGGUGCAAGGACUGGUAUCAUCCUGCUUGUGUGGGCAUGACUAUUGAAGAAGCUAAAAAAUUGGAUCGCUUUGUAUGUUCUGAAUGUUCAUCCGAUGACGAUGUGAAAAAACCCCUGACUGCAUUUUCAGCAUCUCCGGCAGCCGACGGCAAGGUGGAGCCUAAGCGAAGAAAGCGAUGACCACAAUUUGGAGCUUCUGUGAGGAGACAACUCUUGCUGCAGAUUUGGCUCUUUGAUUAUUGUUAUGUGGAAUGUACAGCUUAGACUGGAGACUGUUAUUAAGUAUUUGACUAAUAUAUGUAUCUCUGCUAGGGUUAGAAUAUUAGUCUUCGGUUUUUGUUUUUGUCCAUAAAGAGAUUUCAGUUCAAAUUGUGAUUUUUUAAGAUCACAUUGAACUGAAAACCUUAAGUGAAAAAGAAACUGUGGAUUCUGAUUUUCUAGUAGUAGUAAUUGGUGAUUUCCAUUA